UGAUUAUAACAAUUUGUUUAUGUUACCUAAGUUGGUCCACCCUAAUAGUAAGUGCUUCUUGUCGUAUAAUUUUAAGGUGGUCGGAAAGAAUUAAGACAUGGGUGCCGGUGUCGAACUGGAAAUGGGUAACCAUGGAGAACAGAGUAAUGUUGAUGCCAAACAAAAGGCCCUUGAAGAUUGGCUUCCUGUAACUGCUUCAAGAGAGGGCAAAUGGUGGUAUUCAGCGUUCCAUAAUCUUACAGCCAUGGUUGGUGCUGGUGUUCUCAGCCUUCCAUAUGCUAUGUCCAAUAUGGGCUGGGGGCCAGGAAUUAUCAUUCUUGUCAUGUCAUGGGUCAUCACCUUGUACACCCUAUGGCAAAUGGUUGAAAUGCAUGAAAUGAUUCCUGGCAAGAGACUUGAUAGGUAUCAUGAGUUGGGUCAAGCAGCCUUUGGAGAGAAAUUGGGUCUGUGGGUUGUGGUUCCACAACAAGUUGUUGUUGAAGUUGGCACAUGUAUUGUGUACAUGGUCACUGGUGGUAAAUCAUUGAAGAAAGCUCAUGACACUAUUUGUCCUGAUUGCAAAGAUAUCAAGACCUCAUAUUGGAUUAUUAUUUUUGCUUCUUUCAACUUUGUUCUUGCUCAAUGCCCCAACUUCAACUCAAUUUCUGCUAUAUCUUUCGGUGCUGCUGCUAUGUCAUUGACAUACUCAACCAUAGCAUGGGCUGCUUCAAUUAAAAAAGGGAUUACCCCAGAUGUGAACUAUGGACCCAGGUCAACUAGCACCGCUGACAAUAUAUUCAACUUCUUUUCUGCAUUGGGAGAUGUAGCAUUUGCUUAUGCAGGACACAAUGUGGUUCUUGAAAUCCAAGCAACAAUGCCAUCAACCCCGGAGUGUCCUUCCAAGAAACCAAUGUGGAAAGGAGUUAUUUUAGCUUACAUAGGAGUUGCAUUCUGCUAUUUUCCUACUGCAAUUAUUGGAUACUAUAUGUUUGGAAACACUGUUGAUGAUAACAUCCUCAUCACACUAGAACGCCCUGCUUGGCUCAUUGCUGCUGCUAAUUUAUUUGUUGUUAUCCAUGUUAUUGGAGGUUAUCAGGUAUUUGCAAUGCCCGUGUUUGACAUGAUUGAAACCGUCAUGGUUAAGAAGUUAGACUUUGCACCUACUUUUGCACUCCGAUUUUCAGUUCGUACUCUAUAUGUUGCAAUAACGAUGUUCAUUGGCAUAUGCAUCCCAUUCUUUGGUGCUCUUCUUGGAUUUCUCGGAGGAUUUGCCUUUGCCCCAACAACUUAUUUCCUACCUUGUAUCAUUUGGCUUAGACUCAAGAAACCUGAGAAAUUUGGCUUCUCUUGGACUGUUAAUUGGAUAUGCAUUGGUAUUGGGGUCUUAUUAAUGACACUAUCCCCAAUUGGUGCUUUGAGGAAUAUCAUCGUACAAGCCAAGGACUACAAGUUCUUCUCAUAAAUUAUGGAAACAAACAUUGAUUUAUGUGGCUCACUUAAAAGUUGAUGAAAUAAAGAAAAAAGAAACUGAGUGAGUACUAAGAGGAGAACUCACUGUACAUGCACAAAUCUCUAAUGGUAAUGCAUGCCCAGCCUAACACAAAGUUAUCUCUAUGUUUAUUAUAGUGAUGCAACUGCAACUUACAAGGUUACAAAAAUUAUAGCAUACUCUCUACACAGAGUUUUAUUGUGGGUGUGAUUGAUAUACAUGCUGGUGCUAGAACAGUUCAGUUGUAACUUGUAACAUGUCGUGCAUAUGAUAUUGUUCGAAAGUCAAUGUUGUCUAAGUAAAAUAAUGCACGUUCUCUAAUCUCUACAAGAGCCU